AUGGGUAAGUUUCUACCAGUCAGAAACAUUAUUUGUUAGGAAAGAAAUGUAAGAUCAGAGAGAAGCACAAUAGAAUUGCAUAUAAAAUCAAACUUAGUAGCAGAGUUCAAACCGCUGCCAGGGUUGUUCUGUUUUUAACAUAAGCUUCAUCCGUAAACAUUGACAAAUGAUAGUGCUCAAAUUCACUUUGUGUAAAUAUCUACCUCCUGAUUGACUUACAGAGCAGGCUGGGCAAGUUUCUUUUUGAUCAGUUGGCAACCUCGUCUUUAACAACGCUAGGCCAGCCAGUCUGCCUUUGGUCUUCAACCCCAGAUACAUACAUUCAACCUGGCAUUGCUUUGUAUUUUUCUCUGCCUGGUGGGCAUGACUGGUACCAAAUUGUGUGGGAAACCGCCCUGCUAGAAAAGUUAACCAACAAAAUUAAAUUAGCACAGGCACAAGCAAAAGAGGAUGCCUUCACACCAGUGUGGCUCCCCUUUAUCACAUAUACAGCUCAACAGGACAAUGACCUGACCCCUCCAACAGCGUACAAAUCGAUAUGGCUAAUCUGACCCAAUCCCCCACCCCACCCCACCGUUUCACACAUACAAACAAACCAGACUGCAACCAACUGAAUGUACCAACCAUGUACCGACCCUCUAAUCUCUUGCACUGCCAACAAGAACGAACGAACGAACGAACAAAUGAAUGAAUGAAUGAAUGAAUAAAUAAAUAAAUAAAUAAAGGACCUACUCACGUGACCCUGACACAGAAACCCUGCACAAACACUAUGCAAUAGAAUGAAAGAUCAGUAUCUCCCCUUCUUUCUCCCUUGCUCUCUCUCCCUGCCUCUCCCCCCCCCCCCCCGGUCGCAUAUGAUGUCUGCAACAGCAGUAUCUCACACAGAAUGGAACUGAACUGUGAAAAAAGACUAUGAAUUGAAAACAGAGAUGCUAAAUGUACCUUUGCUAUACAAGAAAAUCUGUAAUAAAAAUUAAAUUAAAAAAAGAAGAAAACUGGCAAGCAGGUGCUCAUACGAGUAUUUAAAGCCCUAAAUGACCUGGGCGCUAGAUACCUGAAAGAUGGCCUCCUUCCCCACAUUCUCCCUGGGGGAUCAGAUCCUCUGAGGUGCCCUUGGGCAGUUUGGGAGAGGGCAGUCUCCAUGCCAGCUCCUGGGUUGUGCAAUUCUCUCCCCACAGAAGUGUGUCUAGUGAUGUUAAAUUCUCGAGAAUAUUCUCAAUUAAUGAGAAUAUUAGAGAAUUUUCAGUUAAAAUAGGAGAAUAUUCAUUUUAAUGCAUUGAAAAUGAUAUAAUUAGUUAAUAUACAUGUUUAUUCAUGGGUGAACUUUUUCAGAUGGAAACAAAAAACUGUAAAGAUAUGUUUAUUUGAUGGGGCAAUGCCGGGAAUUCCAUUCUUUGAUUUUUUGCACCAAACUUGAAAUUGAAAAUUCAACACGAAUGACUCACGUUAAUCACUAAGCCUGCCAUUUACCAUAUAUUUACCAUCGACUUGAAUUCUUAUUAUGUUGUGUGUGUAUGACUUUUAAAGUAAAAGGAAUACAGUAUAAAAAAUCUCAGGUCUGCUACAUGAGUACGUUCUUUAAUAAGCAUAUCUACAUACAGAAAUGUCAACCUUUUAAAUCAAGGCCACCUCACAUGCUGUUACACAUAAUUUUAUAGGCCUAGGUACUUUAAGUGUAUAAAGCAGGUACUGUAUAGGCCCUCCAGAUGUUUGGGACUACAAUUCCCAUCAUCCCUAGCUAAUGAUGGGAUGAUGGGAAUUGUAGUCCCAAACAUCUGGAGGGCUGGAGUUUGCCUAUGCCUGGUAUAAUGCAUUAAAGCUACUUUCUGAAAAGAAAAAAAAAACAAAACCCAUCCCACACUGUAUGGCCAAGGGUAUAGAAUUGCUAAGAAUAAGGUCACACCAAAAUAGAAAAAAGGCUAUUACAUAUGGUUGACAUACAUAGGAAUUCAAAUGUUCAUCAAAUUAAAUGAAUAGCAUGUAUAAAACUAAAAAAAUGUUUUCUGUAGCUCACAUUUCAGAACUGCCAAUGGUGAAUGACACAAUGCCCAGUAAUGUAACUGGAUAAAAAACCCCAUUAUUCAUUACUUACACUGGCAAUAUCACAGCUUGACUUAUUAUUUACUAGAUUUUUUAAGUGUGUGUUGUAAAACUAGUUCUUUCCUUAGAAUUUACAGUUUGGAGAAUAUUUUCUGGAGAACUUUCUAGGACAAAAUAUUCUCGAAUAUUCUCAUUCACAAGAAUAUUCUCAUUCACGAGAAUAGUCUCACAUCACUAAGCGCGUCUGGCACCGUUCUUAGUGUGUCCUUCCUAUUUCUCUCACCUUGGUCUUUGACAACUGAAUGUGUGUUUUCAGGAACCCUGUGACUUACAGUUUUGAACUGUUUUUAAUAUUGAAUUUUAAUUAGUUGGUAAACGGAUCCUGGGAUCUAACGGAGAAGGGCAGGAAAUAACAUUGAGUAAACAAUAAUAAUCUUACCCACAGCACCAGCCUGUUUUGCACCAGCCUACCUGCCUGAACUGAUCACCUUCAUGUUGUUCCUUAAAGGCUUGAUCUUUUGGGCAUAGUUAUCCAUUCCAUGAAUACUUUUGGUGAUGUGAUGCAACUAGGGGCAAAUUAUCAUUGAAUUUUCUGUGCCUGGCUACCUGGCCCCAGGGUGCAGACUUCUUUAAAUGUCUAACUCCACAAAGGCGUCUCGCCCCAACACCCGCCUGCUAUAGUAGCAUAAUGUUUGUGAUACUUAUAAACUGGCAGUAGGUGGUGCUGCUAGUGCUGAUUACAUAACAGCAUAAUGUAGCAAACAGGGGGACUGUUCUUGAAAAGGCCCUUGCCUUCUCUGUGGUAGACAGGAAGAAGCCAUUCUAGUUCCUUGGAAGGAGAUGAUGUUUACUUUACAUUAGAGUGGUAAUGAGUUUUUCAUGGGAGAUAUUCAAGCAAAAUCUCCUAACUCUUAAUUUGCUUGCAGAAAUUCAAAUGCAUAUUCUCGUAAUUUGAUUUCUACCCCAACAUCAGCAGUUAAGCGUGCUGUGGGGCUAGAAUAUUUUAGGAAGAAGCAAGGAGCCAGCAAGUUGAUACUUAAAACAUUAUUUUAAAACACAUUACAGUGGUACCUUGGUUUACGAACUUAAUCCUGUCCAGAAGUCCGUUCUUAAACCAAAGUGUUCUUAAACCAAGGUGUGCUUUCCCAUAGCAGCGGAGGACUCAAUUUCCAAAUGGAACACACUCAACAGGAAGCGAAAUAUGUUCUUAUUCUAAGACAAAGUUCACAAACCAAAAUACCUACUUCCGGGUUUGCAGCGUUCUUAAUCCAAGUUGUUCAUAGACUAAGUUGUUCUUAAACCAAGGUACCACUGUACUUAAAAAAAAAAAUAUACCUCAAAGCCAUAAUUUCAGAAUUCUAAAGAAUUUUUAAUCUGAAAUGUAUUAAAUUUCUAAUCUGUUACCUUGUUUCAGCUCUGCACUGUAUAAGUAAGCAACUACAGAGAGGAGACAAGGACAGAUUGCUUGCAUAAGAGGAUCUUCAGUUAAGAAAGAACAGUCGACCAAAGUGUGGUAGGCAACUUUUUUAAAGUCUUGGUUGUUGUAAUGUGGGUUACAAAUUAGCAGAAUGGACCUACUGGUCUCUGUGAGGCUCUGCUUCAAGCCAGUGGACUCCUUGCCUCUACUUUCAACAGGAGGGAGGUGAGCUCUCAAAUUCUUUUUAGCCUAACUAAGGGACACUUGGUCAGGAAAUCUGAUUACCAUCUGCUAGCCCAUCAAUAAUGGAGCUUAGUAAAACAGCUUCGCUCCAUCUGAUUACUUGGUCUAGGAAUCACACAGCAGCCGCCCACCAUUCUGAGUGACCCAGGCUGGCAGAUGAUGUGCAAGGAGGGGCCUGGGCUGAGGCUCCAGAAGGGGCCAGAAUUUGCACUCCCAACUUCUACCUUGUUAGUUCUCAUUUCUGUAACUCGGUUUUUCCAUGGCUCUUUGUUUAUUCCUUCCAAAAUAAGCUACAACGUGUGCAUUUUCGCUGUGCCUUAACACUUGGGGUAUCCUAGAAGGUUUUGUUCGGGUUUUAAAUGCUGAUGUUUCGUUUUGCGCUGAACCAGCAUGAAUGAUUUUUGCCACCAAAAAUGAAGAACUUCCUCCUGGCAGAGAUCCUACUGGAAAGGUUUAACACGUCAUCUUAAUGGUUCAUACUUAGACAAAAUAGAUGCCAUCAUAAGUUAACAGUGAAUAUUAUCAUAUUAACAUAAAAUGUGAAGAUUCAGAUCUGAACGUCAAAUCUGCAAAAUGGAGUUUCACUUCCAACCCGGCAAAAGCACUAUUUAAAAUGCAUGUAACCAUUUAAAUCAGCCUUUCUCAACCUGUGGGUCCCCUGUGGGUCUCAUCACCCCUAGCUAGCAAGGCCAGAGCUCAGGGAUGAUGGGAGUUGUAGUCCAACAACAUCUGGGGACCCACAGGUUGAGAACUGCUGAUUUAAAUGUUCUCAUGCGUCAUCCCCAAACCAGCACACAACUUUGUGCAUGUGUGUGGGCUUCGGCCAGAUUGGAUGGCUUUAAAAAAGGAUUGGACAAAUUGAUGAAGGAUAAGGGCAUCAAUUCCUGCCAACCUAGCAGUUCCAAAGCACGUCAAAGUGCAAGUAGAUAAAUAGGUACCGCUCUGGCGGGAAGGUAAAUGGCGUUUCCGUGCGCUGCUCUGGUUCGCCAGAAGCGGCUUAGUCAUGCUGGCCACAUGACCCAGAAGCUGUACGCCGGCUCCCUCGGCCAAUAAAGCGAGAUGAGCGCCGCAACCCCAGAGUCGGCUACGACUGGACCUAAUGGUCGGGGUCCCUUUACCUUUACCUUAAGGACAUCAAUUGGUACUAGCCAAGAUGUGCAUGCUCUGCUUCCACUGUCGGGGGGCAGUAAUGCUUCUGAACACCAGUUGCUGGAAACCACGCGGCAGGAGGUAAGGCAGAGUGCCCUUGCGCUUGGGUCCCUCCUGCGGAUUUCCCAUGGGUACGUCCCAUUUAGUCCGGGAUGCUGGCCUGGACGGGCCAUUGAUCUGAUCCAACAGCCUCUUUUUAUGUUCUUGCCAAUUUACGCUCACUUUUGGAUAUUGCAUGUGUUUGGUUGACCUUGCUCCCAAAUAAUCAGGAAUAUCCAAGUUGGAUUUAUUUUGACAACUGUCAAAAAUGCAACGCACCUAGUUUCAGCAACACACCUAGUUUCAGCUCUCAUUUUUACAAAGUAAAAUGAUUGGUGGGUUGUUUUUUUUAAAUAAAAUUUUCAUUUUUAACAGCAUUAUUUAUAUUUAAAUCAUUUUGAAAUUUCACACAUCUGACAUUACUUGAAUCUUUGGACUCUCCCCGGUUUCAAAUAUUUGUCUAUUCUUUCUACUGCAUCUAAUUACAUUUUCCAAAUUCAUUUUAUAUCCACUUUUUAUCUUUAACCUUAUAACAUUAUAAAUGUUAUAACAAUCCUGCUAAUGUUUUUAAAUAUCUACAGUGAUCUUUAAGGUACUCUAUAAUUUCCCCCCAUUCUUUACUAAUUUUCUUCUCAUCUUGGUGUCUGAUCUUCAUGGUCAUUUUUGCCGUUUCGGCAUAGUGUACAUCAUCCAGGUUAUCCAUUCUUCUAUGAUUGGGACUUUCUUUUCCUUCCAUCUCUGGGAAAAAAGCAUUCUUGCGGCUGUUGCUGCAUGCAUAAACAGUCUUUUCAAAUCCUUUGGUAUUUCAUCACCUCUUGUUCCUAAUAAGAAAACUUCUGGCUUUUUGACAAAGGUUAUCUUAAACAUUUUUUCAAUUCAUUAUAUAUCAUUUCCCAGAAUUAUUUUGUUAUUUUGCAUGUCCACCACAUGUGGUACAAUGUGCCUUCUUUUUCCUUACACUUCCAAUGUAAGUUGGAAGUGUUUUUAUACAUUUUUGCUAAUCUUACAGGAGUCAAAUACCAACGAUACAUCAUUUUCAUAUAGUUCUCUUUCAAUGUACAACAAUCCGUAAAUUUUUAAUCCUCCUUCCACAACUUUUCCCAUGAGUAAAGUUGUAUAUUAUACUCAGUAUUUGAUAUUGGGCCCCAAUAUGACUGUGAUUGUAAGUCCAAACUUACAUGACACUCAGUGGGUGAACCAACAGACUUAGAAAUAAUAGGCAAGAAUUAUUAUUUAUACUGCUUAACGCCAAAAUAGCCUUCUAAGCAGUUUACAAGUGUCAAAACCAAUGUCACACAAGCAUUAAAAUAUAAACAACUAUAAUUAGGGUGCACAAUUAAUAGAAUUGUUUAAAACUUUUAAAAGAUAAACACCCAUAAUUAAAAUAUGCAGUAAUAGGAUACUUGAGUCCAUAGAGAAUAUUGAAGAAGCGAGAGAUGUCAAAUGGUAGCAUUUGAGUAACAAAAUAAAGAAGCAAGCCACACCUUGAGGCCCCUUGUCUGUCCGAGCAGAAGGGAUGGGUUCUGUCUACUAAUCCGUAAUAUACGGCCUUUUCUAUUUUGAACUCUUGUGAUCCCUCUGGAGUGAAAAUUUUUAAGGAUUAGCUGGGGGGCCUGGAGCUUCAGUUGAAUAUUCAUGAGGCAGGGCCUUCUCUCCCUCCUCUUCCCACCUCCUGCUGUAGCUGAAUCUCGUCUCUUUAUUCAGCUGAGCCGAGAGUCUCUGCAGUGCAUUAGGAGAGCUGGCAAAACAUUCUGUAUCAGCAGGACAAGGGGAGAGCGAGGCAUCAGCAUUAUCCUUUGGAACUUUGUCCUGUCUCCAUUUGUUAUUGAAAAGUAUAAAUGCAGAAUAAGCUGCUGGAAAGGCAAAGUCAGAAAAAAGAAAGUGUCACUCUUUGGGGGCUGCUUCAGACAAGGGCAGUUUUCCUAAAUAGAUGUCUCUUCCAUGUGGACCAUGAAAUGGCUUGGCAUGUAGUAGGAAGCCCUGGCUGGUGAUGGGGGCACACCAUGUAUGGUGUGGGGAAACAGGCACCUCUGCAUUCAUCACAUGUGCUUUAUCCAACACACCUCCAUCCUCCUACCAGUUGUGACAUGUUUGCUCCAAGGAACGCUGUCUUAUCCACUUGCCUGAUCAUGGAAUGAAACAUCACUCAGGAAUGUCAAUUGUCACAUCUUAGCAUUUCAGGAGAGGAGAGCACAACAGAGCGCUGUCUGCAGUGUAUUUAGAUUAGGAUGAGAGCCAAAUCAAGGACCUGGAGACUUAAAUGAGUCACAGGCUAGAUAUUGGGUGGGUGGGUGUUUUGGUCAGAAAAGGCAGGCUGUUGGAGGAAGAUCUAAGAGGAGUUUUGGUGUUAACGAUAACGGGGAAGGGUGAGUAAAGAUUCAGAAAGUCCGAGUGGAGCAUCUUUAGUUAAAGGGCCUGAAAAUGCAGAGAAAUACCUUCAUGGCCUAGGAAUGGCUAAAAGAGCAGGCAGGAGGAGAAGGUGAAAACUGUGACUGAUGAGGCAGCUGCUGUGGGGGGGGGGGGAGGGGGGAGAGAAGGUCCUUCCUGUUUGCAUCUCUUGGCAAUGGGAGACGGGGCUGCAGAUGGGAGUAUCUCAGCCAGCGUGUUGCUGAAUAGAUGGUUGUAGAGGUCAAACACUGGAAUCAGCUGGGGUGACUCAACAACAGCACACUUACGCAGUGCUAGCUGUGACACCCCCACAUCCACUGCUGUCUCCUGGCACUGAAAAGGAAGGGUGGGGAGCCUGCCCCCUCCAACAAGCAAUCUGCCUCAUCUGUUGUUUCUGCUUCCGAACGUUGCAGGUGUAUUCACAUGUAAUGGUGAGCCAAAUCAUGGUUAAGUGCAAAGGUUUGGGCUCCUAGGGUGAAGUUCGUGGCCACUGCACUCCUUGGGAGUAAGUAAUGGUUUGGCAUAGUGUGUUGUUUGAACCCAGGCUCAUGGUUUGUCUGGUGUGAGACAAAUCACAAGCCUGGGUUUGUACUUCAGCUAAACCCAGCAGUCACUUCACCCUAGGUCAGCAGCAGGGUUGCGAGAGGUGUGCUGUGGCCGCAGUAGUUCAUGGAAAGCCAUGGUUUGGCUUUGCGUUACAUGUGAACCAGGCCAAAGUGUGUUUCUCAUGACUCCCUGAGAUGCCUCAUUAGGUGGCUUUCCACUCUGAAGGUUGUUCCCAUUACAACUGAACAGAUCACAGAAGAUGUUGUCUUCCUGUCUGGUAGAUCAGAUUUUCAGUUAUUUCCCCCUUCCCCUCAGGCACAGUCCACCAUGCCUCCCUACCUGUAGUUCACUUUGGGUGCAAUCAGAUCAUAUCCCACAGGAUCCUGAGGGGAAGGGAAGUUGAUACAAUUGACGGGUUAGGGCCAGUAAAUGGUUUGUGGAGUAAGAGGCAGCUGUGUUUCCUGCACAUUCAUGAAGUCUGUUGGCACUCGUUUUAGCCCCCACACUCUUCCCAAAGAGACAUAAUGCUGACUGGCAGCUCAUCACCAGCUUGCCGGUCUACCAACGGCAUUCAGUUCCUGUUGCUCUCUGCUUGCCAUCCCCAAAUCUGACAAGCCACUGUACAUUCAGGAUAGCGCAAAGAGCAAGAGCUGGGGCACAGCAUGCUCUCCCUGCUUCUCCAGAGCUGAUGCCAAGUUGAGGGCCCUCCUUGAUAGCUCCUCCUCACCGGUCCAGAGGGAGCAGGCAGGUGCUUCUCCUCUUCGCUUCCAUCGUCAUGGCCGCAGUUCACUCAAGAGAGCCAGCAGGUGUGCAGGCCGUGACAGUCACUGUUGCUGCUUGUUCACCUGUGGUGAACGUUUGGUUAAGACUGCGGAGAUCUUCUUUUUAGCCUAUAAGUAUCUUGUUUUGGCUUGUAGUCUGCUGUGUAUAGCCAACAAAUUUCUGUAACGUUGCACAAGCGGCAUCUUUAUUAAAUAGCUACGCUGUAGAGCUGCCUUCUACUUAAUCAUGCUGUUAGUCCAGCUAACCCAGUGCUGCCAUCUUUGACAGCAGGGCCUCAGGCUGAGGUGUCUUCCCCAGCUCUGACACCUGAGAACCUUCAACAGGGGAUACUGAGUUGAACCAGGGACUGUCUGCAUUCAGGGCAUGUGUUCAACCACUGAGCUGUGGCCCCUCUCUUAGGGUUACGAUACAGGGAAGUAUAUUGCUAAAAUGUGAUCAUUUAAGCUUGUAGAGUUUGCAUGCCUUUGUUAGGAGUACGGAAGCUUUGCAGGUUCACAUUCUGUCUGUUAGAUACUUUUGGACGUGUAUCUACAUAUGAUGCAAAUCAUAUGCAAAUUUAAUGCAAAUAUAUGCUCUCUUACUUUCAGUGGGUUGGAGGGACCAAUCUGCAUACAGUGUACAGGGCCAGAAAUCCUAUGGGCAUCUUGCAUAGGAUGCCCUAUUCUAUUCUGGUGGUGGUUAUCCUGUUUCAUGGGGCAUUCCAAUAGGUCCCUUCCUGGGAGAUAUUCACAUUGGAAAGUGGGCAUUCUAAUUCACCUAGUAGCUGUUCCUUCUUCUUUACAGCUGGAGGACAUAAUCCCAAUUAUGUACUUUGGCGCAGGGAGCUGUGCAAAACUUUGGCAGUUGUGGGAAUAAGUUCUUUCAACAAACCUUACCACCUCCAAGAGUACUUCCUGGUUUUUAUCCUCUGUAGCCUGAAGAAUCUUCUUUCAAACUGGCUUCAAUCAAAACUGCAAUCCUAUAUGCAUUUACCUGGGAGUAAGCCUCAUGGAGGGAUGCGGUUGGCGCUGCGGUCUAAACCACAGAGCCUAGGGCUUGCCGAUCGGAAGGUUGGCAGUUCAGAUCCCUGCAAUGGGGUGAGCUCCCGUUGCUCGGGUCCCAGCUCCUGCCAACCUAGCAGUUCGAAAGCACGUCAAAGUGCAAGUAGAUAAAUAGGUACCGCUCCGGUGAGAAGGUAAAUGGCGUUUGCUCUGGUUUGCCAGAAUCUGCUUAGUCAUGCUGGCCACAUGACCCGGAAAAACUGUCUGCGGACAAACGCCGGCUCCCUCAGCCAGUAAAGCGAGAUGAGCGCCGCAACCCCAGAGUUGUUUGUGACUGGACUUAACUGUCAGGGGUCCUUUACCUUUACCUUAAGCCUCAUGGAGCGCAGUGGGAAUUAUGUCUGAGUUGACUUAGGUGUGUUCUAAGAGUGCCUCCCUUGAAAACACCUCACAUGAACCUGCGGCAGCUCUGUGGCAUGAGAAUUGCGGCACUGUGCUAGAGUAGUUCUGGCUUACCUAAGGGACCAUGUGGAACCGGCAGUUUUGCAGGUACCACAGAAUACUGAUUCUGCACUUGUAAGAAACCUCUCUUUCAGCAUCUACACGUUGGAACUCGCUAUCUAGGGACAGUGGGCAGGAGCCUUCGCUAGGCUCUUUUCAGAAGCUGCUUAAAACAUUUUUGUUUUGACAAGUCUAUCCACACAUGCAGAAGCUACAUGUCUUCUGUUUCAUUUUAGCUGCUGUUGAUUUUAAUCAAUUUUUGAAUAUUUUAAAAUACCUAUUUCUAACAAGUUUUAUCAAUAAUUUUAUUUUUUUAAAUAGUUCAGUAAACCACAUAGAGGUUUCCUUAAAUUCAGACAUUAUAAAUGUUUUGUUACAUUCAGAAUAAAUGUUACAUCUUUAUAAGGGUGAAUUUUCACCAGGUUUAGGGCAGUUUGUAACCUUCAGAUGACAUGAGCAGGCUGUGCAAUUGUUCUAGUUCCAGCCUUAAAAGAUCCUUUACCUGUAGCAGCUGCUUGCCCUGAGCCUGACAGCUUUACAAACAAGAUAAACAUUUAAAAGCAUGGUAUGUGUUCAAAAUAAACCCUUUGACCUAAUUAGCAGUUAGCAGAGGUGCAUCCACCAUCUCUGGUCAUCCAUAGUAACUUCAGUCCUUGAAGCAGAACACUGAAAAUGUAAUAGUGCUUAUUUUUGUCUGGAGAUUGCUGUGUCCCCCCCCCCCCCCCGUUCCUGGCAGGGUUUAUGUGUGCAGCAGAUCAGAACAACUAGUGCACCUUAUCUUUAAAAUCCCAUGUUUUGGGCCCCUUAAAGAGCAAGUGAAUAAAUGCAGCAGGUAGUGAUGGUUUCUUUGGAGCUGUUACAAUCUGCCAUGUACAAUGAAUCCAUCUUAGUUUGUGGAUUAUCGGUCCGGUAGACUGUAACAGCUCUGUCAGCUCCUUCUGGUAUGGUAUGUCCAAAGGCAAACUAAUGUAGCUUAUGUGUGGUUUUAUUUCUGCUCAGAAUAUUCCCAAGAAUUUGUUCCAUGCAAUAUGCAAUAGAAAUCUUGGCUGCUUCCUAUUCUACUUCUGAAAAAACAGCUGAAGAGGUUCCAAGGAUUUGUGGAAGAAAUUAUACAUACUUGCUAUAGCUACAUCUAUUUAAUAUACAGUGGUACCUCGGGUUACAAAUGCUUUGGGUUACAAAUACUUAGGGUUACAAACUCCGCUAACCUGGAAGUAGUACCUCGGUUUGAGAACUUUGCCCCAGGAUGAGAACGGAAAUCGCGCAGCUGCACGGCGACAGCGGGAGAUCCCAUUAGCAAAAGCGCGCCUCAGGUUAAGAACAGUUUCGGGUUAAGAGUAGACCUCCAGAUCGAAUUAAGUGCAUAACCUGAGGUACCACUGUACUAAAAAAGGUCUGCCACUCCAGAUUCCCCACCCCCUGCUGCCAUUGGUUGGAACUGCUCUGACAUAAUGGAGUGUUAAUGGUGAGAGAAAACACCCUAAUGGCUUGAGUGCUGCGGCCAGAUUGCUGGCUGGGGCUGGUCAUCAGACGUGAUCCAAAGUGCUGGUUAUAACCCAUAAAGCCCCACAUGGCUUAGGUCGAAGCUAUCUGAAAGAUUGUAUCCCCUCAUAGGGACCUGCCUGGGUUUUGAGAACCUUGAGGCUUUCUCUCGGUCCCACCACCCCCACAGGCACGCUUGGUAGGGGCACAGGAGGAGACCUUCUCAGUGGCUACUCCCAGAAUUUGGAAGUCUCUCGCUGGAGAAGUUAGACUGGCUCCCUCCUUGUCCUUCUGCCGGCAGCUGAAGACCUCCUUGUUCCAACAGGGUUUGGGGAACUGAUGGUUUUUAAUGAAAGGGAUGGUUCUUUCCUGUUCUUAUUGCAAUGUUCCAAACAGAUUUUAUAUAAGCAUAUAGUUUAAAUUCUAUUCAUGUUUAAUUGUUUUCAAUGUUUUUUUCCCUAUGAUUUUAGCGGUUCUAGUUUUAUCUGUAUAAAAGCUGCCUUGAGUCCUGUCAGGGAAAAAGGUGGGGUAGUAGUAGUAAUAGUAGUAGUAGUAGCUAUAGCAAGUAUGUAUGUAUUAGCUAGAGCUGGCUAUAUGGGCCUUUCUAGGGUUGUCACACAUGCUUUAUGUCCUCUGCUUCCUUCUCUUGCAGAAAUCAGUCUUAAAGGGCAGAGACAACUUUUGAUUUUAAAAAGUAUAUGUCCUUGGAUGUUGGGCAAUUGUGGGCCUGGAGAUGGUGUUAGGAUAGACUAGGGAAAGCCUAACUGGGCAGAGCCUGGCAUCCCAGAAGACCAUGACUUAGGCAGGAUGGAACCUGGUGGUGGAACCCCAUGGGCCCAUUUUGAUCAGGCUAGCUCAGAAGUCUUCUGGCUUUUCCGAUCCCAAUGUAUCCUGUGGGAGAUUCUUCUGCCGCCGCGUCUUCCAAGUCAUCAGGUAUAGGGCAGUAUAUAUAUUUAAUUAACAACAACAACCUGGACAGAAAGGGAGGUGGAGAAAGAAGAUACCACAGGAGAUUGUCAAAAGAAGAAGGCAAAUGUGCAUUAAUAGUCUAACUAGGGUGGGGCAAAUAAGCACGUGUGUGUGAAAUAGGCAUAUAAAGAUAAUUGGUUGUCUGUCUUUUGCUGUUGAUAGUACAGGAGAUUUUACUGUAUAUGGGCUGGUUGUUUUUAAUUGAAUCAUUAUGGCUGGUUGCUGAAAGCAACAAUAACCUUCGUUUUUUUCCAAAAGCUGAUAAAAUAAAAUGAUUUUUUUUCUGUUCCCAGUUUGACAUAAUUCAACAUGUUUUUAAGGUGAUAGAUUAAAGAAAAAAGCCAGUUAUCAGAGCCUUGCUCAUAGGCUUAUAAACCUUCUUCUCACAUGCCAGCUCAUGCAUUCAGCCAGGACAUGGAGGGGAGCAGCAUCACAAGGCCAUGGCCCUAAUCUCCUCAUGGAGAACUCUUUCUUGCAUUCCUGGCAACAUGUGGAGGUCAGUGGCGGGACAGGCAGCCUCAGCCCUCCUCCCCUCCUUGCGUUGACAGGACGUGGGGGCUCUGGAUGGUGUGCCCAGGCCUACUGAGGCAGCGCUGUGGCUUCUCCUUGACUUUGUCGGUCAGCCACAACAUGAAGGGGCAUUCAUAUAUGUGCCUCUUCGUAUACAGGGAAAGGAGAGGUGGGAGCUGUUCUUUGCAUGGGAAGCAACAUUUGAGGAAAGGGAAGGUAAAGGCCCUUUGUGCCUUGGCUCCCUGCGCUCUCCCUCAGCCCUGCUCCAGUAGCAACGCUGAGCUAGGCUGUGAGAAAACUCUGAGAAACAAUAAAGUACUGUGAGGUAAGAUGCAGGGGGAGAGGCUUUUGCGUCCCUCUCCCAUGCACGCUUUACCAUGUGCAGCUCUGCCUCCACAGUCUGAGGCAGCAGUGCUGCAGAGCAUCAGUUGCUGGAAGCCCGGGGGGCUGGAGAGGCCUCUUGCUUUCAGGUCCUGCUUUUGGGUUUCCCACUGGAGCGCCUGGUUGGCCACUGUGAGAACAGGAUGCUGGCUAGAGGAGCCGUUGACUUGAUCCAGCAGACUCCUCUUGUCUUCAUUGCAUCCUCUGCUUUAUAUGUGAAUAUGACAGGCAUGCGGAUAAUAUAAACGUAGCUGCUCUGUUCCAAAUACUGUAUUUCACCACGUAAUGGUUGCAUUUUUAAUGCUGAUUUUUCUUUUCAGAAAAAGGGCGGUGCAACUAUUAUGCAGUAAAUGCAUAGUUUAGCCUAGGUCUCUAACCCUGCCCCGUGAGCCCCACUCGGAAAAAUGGGGCUUGCUGCACAGGCCCAGCCUCAGGCAUGCGCCCCUCUGCCGCUCACUCCCCGCGCAGGCAGUUACUGGGCGCUGGGCACAUCCAUGAGCCCCAGCUGCCCACCUCCGGGCAAGACCUUGCUGCUGCUGCUGCAUUUCUCCUCCAUCGCCAGCUGUCUGGCAAGGCCUCCUCAGCCGCUGCCACCUUUGCUUCCCGCGCAGGGCUGCCUCAUCCUCCAUGGGCUGAGGGCCGGCUCUGCCAAGAGGCAUGUCCCACAGGCAGGCCUGGGAAAUGGCUGCACCAGAACCAUUUCAUGUACAAAAGCGGGGGAAAGCUGUUGAGCACAACAAAACACUCCAGAGCAAAACAAAAUGUCCCACUGGCAAGGCAUUUACACCCCAGCGACUAUCAUGUGGUGAACGCUCUGGGGACUGAUUUUAGGGUCCAAAAAAAGAGGGGAUGCGACUAUUAUGCGGUGGUGACCAUUACAUGGUGAAAUAUGUUAGUUUGGCCUCAAACCUCCAGACAAACACAGCAGUCAUUCACUGAAUACAGACAGCAGUGGAGGGAAAAGUGUGAGUGAGGUGUGUGGCUAUCUAUAACUUUUUUGCACAACAGCUUCUGAGCUGACUCACGGUAGAGUAGCAGAGACAGUCUAUCUGGCAGCAAGAACGGCGGAAACUGACUCAUUUUUAUGCUCAGAGACUUGAGUCCCACUAACACCAGCUGUGACACAACCGUGUUGGAGUAUGUAGGUGUGGAAAUAUGGCAUCACCCAUCAUAUCAACUCCACUCAAAGGAGUGGGUGACAUACAUAGAAACUUGUGUUUUGUUGGAAUUAUGGGGUUAACCAUAACCUCUUGGGACUCCUUAUCUUUGGGUCCAGUACACUUCCAAGUACCAGGCCCCUUCAGAGUAUCACGCAGCUUCCAAGCUAGUUCCAGGUCUAGCAUGGAGCGUAGCAAUAAAUUGCAGGAAACAUUCAAAUACAGACAGAAUUCUUUACUGUUGUUCUUUAAGCAUAACAGUUACAACAGGAUACAACCAUCUAUCCUCCCUGAUAGAGGUUUAGUUUAAACUGUUCCAUCUAGCCCUAAAGCUGCCAGACCUGCUCUCACAUCUUCACACCACAAGAGCAGCGUUCAGACUAAACAUCUCUCUGUGUCCAGCACUCAAACAGAUAUGUAGGAACAUUCUUUAGAGUGACCUUGCACCUGUUGUAAACAAACCAGCUUCAAGCGGCUUUUGGAAACCCUUGUUUCUGGGAAUGAAUGACUCUCACCCCCAACAUCACCUGCGCUUUCUACCAAACUCGAUAAUGAAGUGCAGCCCAGUUGCAACCCUAGUCAACUAGACCCCAGUUGCCAAAUUUGUGUGCAAAAGCAUCUACAAAGAAUCUCAAGGGUGCAGUCCUGGGAGUAAGUGCCAUGUGGACUUGCUUCUGAGUAAACAUGCAUAGAAUCAGCACUGUAAGAUUGCUGCAGUUCUGCUCUCUAGGUGUAUUCUUAAAGCGGGGGGAGGAACUAUUACUUUACUUCUUUCCUUUUUUUAGUAUACUUUUAAAAUCAUUCAGCUUCUGGAGUCUGGUAUUUGCAACAACCCCUUUGAGAGCCAGUGUGGUGUAGUGGUUAAGAGUGGUAGUCUCGUUCGCGUCCCCACUCCUCCACAUGCAGCUGCUGGGUGACCUUGGGCUAGUCACACUUCUUUGAAGUCUCAGCCCCACUCACCUCACAGAGUGUUUGUUGUGGGGGAGGAAGGGAAAGGAGAUUGUUAGCCGCUUGGAGACUCCUUAAAGGGAGUGAAAGGCGGGAUAUCAAAUCCAAACUCCUCUUCUUCUUCUUCUUCUUCUUCUUCUUCUUCUUCUUCUUCUAGUAAUUUAAGAUGAAACCUACAAUUGUUGUGAGGGAAGCAAAAUGGGGGCGGGGAGCUGCAGAAAUUUGUAUAAAUAAACUUUCCGCAUCUAGGCCCUCUGUAAGUUUUUUCUCUAAACUGUGACAUCCUAGCAGUCCAGGUAGGGUCUACUGAAGGACACAGGGCUGCUGUAUAUAGUUUAAUAUCACUUGGUGUGAGGUGUGAGACAUUUCAUGUGAUGAGGAGCCAGGAAACAGGCCAUGUUUUGAGCAGUCAUUCUGUGAUGAACAGUAGACUGACCUUCAGCUUACUGGUGACUCUGAUCAGACUCCUUCCCUCUGCUUCUCUCUGUCCACCCUUCCUUUAUGCACUCAACUCUCCAUAUGGCCUCUUUUGUACCCCAUCCCAUCCACCACAGCCAUCAUUCGGCUCCUUUCCGCUGUCUCCAGCUUCCUUUGAGGCAAAACACUCUUGGAUGGAAAGGUAACCAGUAACCUUUGUUUAACCUAUAUUUUGUCCUUCAUUCAAGUUCCAGUGUCUUUGAUUCGGUUUCUGCAGCACUAUUUGUGGGACAAAUCAAAAAUUUGCCUGCUUUACUGUGGGAUCUCUGCCUUAUUUGGGGGGCGCAGUAGCUGCCUUAACAUGGAAUAUUGAGUGAUGCUCCUCCUCUUGAGUUUGAGAUUAUGAUACUGAUUUGAAAAAAAGAACACACAAUCUUACUCCCCCCCCAAAAAAAAGAUCAUGGUGAGGAGAUAGCCUGGUUUGCUCCUGGGUAUUUAAACAAAGGUUUGAUUUGCAGAAGUCAUCAGGUAAAGCUUUUCAUAGCAUGGCAGUAAACAUUAUCACCUACUAACGUCUGGAUACCAAGCUGCUGUGAAACAGACAACUACAGGACUUGCAUGCUUCAAAAGUUGGCAACCCUUGAGAGUGAGGCCCCUGUGAAUAAUAAAAACAGGGAAUUGGCCCUUUGCACACUGCAGAUAAGUAGCAAAUGCUUCAUACAAGCAUUUCCUCCCCCUUCCAUGAUUGCUGCCAUAAUUAUCAUUUUCUUCUGUGUUCCAAUUUCCAGGGACAGAUCCAUGGAUUUGUUGAUGACUUUCACGUGGAUUAUAAUUUAGCCUGUGGCGAUCUGCUGUGGUCCGUAGAAGAACAGACCAUCCACCUUUCUGCUGCUUUUCUGUUCAAGCUGAAAUCCUAAGGUAGAUUAUUACUAUGAUCAAAGACUCAUUAAAUAAGGCACUGGACUAAUUUCAGACGUGUGGUCUACUGGAGGACAGCUUUCACUUCACAAGUUUACACCACUGAUUAUUCUGUGAUCAAAACCCCUUGGCUUGUGUGGAUUCACACAUCCAGUGGGCAGAACCAGAGGUUGGUGGAUGCAGAAAGAUCCAACAGCUUGGAAAAGUUUAUUCUGAGAGAGAUCCGUGAUCGUAUAGCAGAAGUUUUGUCUUUAAUAUGCAGUGUUGGGGCCUCUGAUGAGCCCCACAGGGUAUGCAAUACUCUUUACAUUAUCACCAUCACCAUCAUCAAUAUUACUAUUAUUAAUUUUACCACUCUGGGCAGCUCACAGCAUACACCAGAACACACUAAAACAUCAAACAUUAAAAACUUCCCGAUACAGGGCUGCCUUUUGAUGUCUUUUAAAACUCAGGUAGUUGUUUAUUUCCUUGCCAUCUGAUGGGAGGUUCCUUGUAAUCUUGGUUUUUGCAGUGAGGGAACCACCAGAAGACCCUUGGAGGAGGACCUUAGUGUCUAGGCUGGAGCGGUGGGGGUGGAGAUGGUUCUUCAGGUAUACUGGGCUGAGGCCUUUUAGGGCUUUAAAGGUCAGCACCAACACUUUGAAUUGUGCUCAGAAACGCACUGGUUGUCAAUGAAGAUCCUUUAGGACUGGUGUUAUACGGUUCCAGCGGCCGCUCCCAGUCACAUGAAGGGGAUAACACACAAGCGCUAACCAACCCUGCCCCUAGAUGUCAGCAUGGUGGUCUGCAAAGAAAAAUCCUGUCCACAAACAGCUAUUCCAUGUGUAGGCUUCUUCUUUGCAGAUGACCACAUGAACAUGCAUAUGUUUAAAUAAGGGCGAGGCAGCAGGCUUGCUACCAGGGCCAGGAGUGCCACCCUGCUCCUUAGUAUUGCAUGAUGCUCCAUUCACACAAGCAGUGAAUGAAGGGGGACUGGGCUGCAUCCUGUAAAUAGUCGAAGGCAGUUAGCAAGGCCAUGUGGAGUCAGCGUUCUUUGAGUGAAUUAAUGAUGGAGAGCUCAGAAUCAGGUUGUGGUGGCUAUACUGAAUUAAUACAGAGUAUUAUGUGUGUAGCAUUAAUUGACUACAGGUACAGCCCAAUGCAUACUUACCUGUGUGUGUGUGUGUGUGUGUGUGUGUGUGUGCGCGCGCGCACGCGCAUGCAUACAAAAUAAACACACCAAUGAUUGCUUUGUAAGGCUGCAAUGUUCACUAACUUAAGGUAAGUCGUGUUGAAAUUCGGUGGGAAUUAUUUUUGUGUAGGCACACACAGAAUCCAGCUGCAACAGUUGCUCCACCUGGCAUGGUCACCAUCACUUCUAAUGCCAUUUGGAUAAAAAUCAUGACAAACUCAAUCUCUGGGCUGCGGGAAGAAGGUGCCACUUAAUCCAUAUGACUGUGGAGAAAAAUCUGAAAAAUUAUUUCCCUCUUCAUUUCAUUCUUCACCCUCCAAAUUGCUAACAACAUAGAAGAUUUGGAGAGAGGUUUCUGUGGGAAGGAGGGAGAGCAAAAAUCUCCAAAAGUUAUCCAAAAUAUUGCAGGUAAUUUUUAUGAUAACUACAGACUUUGUACAAUCCAGCUGCAAAAUUUGAGGGUUGGGCCUUCAGAAUUUUUAAAGUAUAGAGUUCAUAGGCAAUUUUUUUUUAAACUUUAGUUUUUUUGCCUGAGGUGUGAAUGGAACUUGGGAAGCUUAAUAAGAAUCCCUUCCUCUGGCCAGUUUGUGCAAUGAUAUAUUGAGCUCAUAGAGGGAACUCUCAAAAAUUGUCUUAUGCCAACGGAAGUGGCUGGAUUCCAUUUUUCUGGUAGCUCUGAUAACAGAUGGAUUUUCUCCCGGCUUCAGCUGUUCUCCCCGUGCUUCCUUUUCCCUUGAAUUCCAGCUCAUGGCCUAGCAUGUUGUCAUGAGGACUCCAAGCCAAGCACACCCUCAGGCAGCCCCUCUCAAGUCUUCUGUGACCAAAUGUGUGUUUCUCUCGCCAUGAUGUGUGGGUGUGUUUUAAUCCUUCUCUAAAUGCAGAGAGCAAUACUUGAUCGGCAAGGAGCUGCCUGUGUGGGACACUGGUCAUCGUUUUGUUGUUUGUUGUUAGAGGUGUUGCUAAGGUCUUAAAAGAUCCAGGGCGCAGGCCCAUACACACAGAUAUGUGUAACAUUUGCAUAGGCUACUCUGUAAGUAUAGGUGCACAUUUAAAUAAAUUAUGCUGCUCCUUAAUUAAUUCUCCCGGUGUAAUAUCCUACUGAGUAUCUCAGAUCAUACUGGUAGCAUCUGGCUUGGCAGCAUCUCUGUGCUGGAACCACUGGCUGUCUUGGACUGUCUUGAGAAGAUGGGGGAGAGAAGGCAGAAGAGAGAAAAGGGAUGAUUUCAGUCAAGUCAGUUCCCAACAGGACACUGUAGACACCCUGUUCUGGGCUCGUUCCCUAUCCAUUGUUGCCAUUCUCAAGGCCUCUCCUGAUAUCUGUAGGUUUCAAUCUGACCCAUGAUCUGUGGACUAGAAAAAUGCUGAGAAGUGUUGACUUAUCCCUGUGCCUUCACCAUAGAAGCUGUCGCUGUUACAACUAGCCAGGCUAAUAGCUGUUCCUAGUUGUAACUCUAGGACAUGGAGAGGGGCACAGAGGAGUGCUAGUAAUACUCAUCAGGAAGGUAGAAGAAAGCUCCAAGCUAAGCACAAAAAAAUCACUGACCAUCAGUAGCUGUCGCUGUGUCUUGGCUGUGAGAUCAGCUUUAAGAGAGCAGCUCUGGUUCACUCUUCAGUUAGAAAAAUAGAGGAAAAAUCCAAACAAACCUCAGCCACCAGUCAUUUGUUAAGAGCAAGAGCAGAGGGCGCCAGCAGCACCAGCAAUUGGCAUAGACAAGCGGUGGGCGAGUUAGCUGCAUGGAGGAAGCAUCUGUAGAAGCCAGCUUGCCAAGUCACCAUUAUCUGCAUGAUCACAGGACCCACACAGGUGCCAAGCAGCCUCAGAGGUUUGCUCAAAUCCUCCCUCUCCCGCCUCACAACCUGUUUUAUGGCCUUCUGAGUGUCUGAUGGGUAGAAGGAACAGUGUGGGUGGGAGGAGACAUACGCCUGUCAUUUGUCCACAGGGCAAAUGAAAUCUAUGAAGUGGCCAUUUUAAUUUUCAUUAUCUCGGUAGCCACUCUGCCUUUGGACACCAGUUCUCCAAGUGGCUAGAGAGAUAAAAUGUUAAGAGAGUUUCUGCAAAUAGACUUAAAUAGGAUGUGCUUGCAUAAUUAAAUCGGUAACAAGCCUGAGCAUCUAGGAGUGGGUCCCUUGCAUCAAAAGGUAUGUCACUUGCAACUUUUGCUCAGUGUAUUCCUACUUAAGAUAGAGCCCAUGAAAGGCUCCCUGCUGUCCUGAGAGCAGCUAGGACUGAACCACUGUUGUCAUGGGCAUGUAAGGUAAAGGUAAAGGGACCCCUGACCAUUAGGUCCAGUCGUGACCGACUCUGGGGUUGCGGCGCUCACCUAUCUUUACUGGCCAAGGGAGCCAGCGUACAGCUUCCGGGUCAUGUUGCAUGACUAAGCCACUUCUGGCAAACCAGAGCAGCACACGGAAACACCAUUUACCUUCCCGCCGAAGCGGUACCUAUUUAUCUACUUGCACUUUGACGUGCUUUCGAACUGCUAGGUUGGCAGGAGCCUGGACUGAACAACGGGAGCUCACCCCAUCGCGGGGAUUCGAACCGUCGACCUUCUGAUCGGCAAGUCCUAGGCUCUGUGGUUUAACCCACAGCGCCACUAAUUGCACAUCUGGCUCCCAAUUCAAAGUCCAGGCAGGAGAAGAAAUUAAUGCAAGUCUGAAUAAGGGUUGCACAGCCUCCCCCCCCCCCAAUGGAUCCAGUACUACUCUCAAACCUACUUUUAUGACUGUUGCUUUUGUUUCAAGAGUGGAAACACCCAGAUAUUUGUAGCUCCAUAUUUGGACUGCUGUUUUGUAUGCAAUGAGCUUGUACCCGUCAGUGCAAGAGUACUGUUUUAUGCUUUUUUGGAUCACACUUCUGUUUGUUUUGCCUUUCUAAGUGGGGUGUAUUGCAAACAGACAGCUGCUUUAUACUGGGUCAGGCCAUAGGUCCAGCUAGCUCAGUAUUGGCUACAUGAAGUCUGGCUAACCUUUGACCCUCCAGGUGUUGUAGACUACAACUCCCAUUAUCGCUGACUCUGGAGCUGUGGGAGCUGGAGUCCAAGAACAUCAGAUGAGCCAAACCUGGACUACACUGACUAGUAGCAUCUCUUUCCCAGCCCUGUCUGGAGCUGCCAGGAAUUAAUAUUGGGGUCCUUUUGGUGCAAAUCAUGUGCUCUUUGACUGAACCUUUCCCCUUUGGAUUUUUUUAGUUUUUAUUUUAUACUGUGGGUUUUUUUUAGUGUUGUAAGCCAUCUGGGAUAGCUUAGGAGAAAGAUGAGAUAUAAAUAUAUUAAAUAAAUUAGGUCCAUUAAUUUCAAUGAGUCCUUUGAGUAAAAUGUUGUUGUAUACCAUGCAUAGGAAGGCAUCCGUAAGCUACCUGUAGAAGUGGCACAUUCCCAUCCAGGAUACCUUCAGGUCCAGUGGUUUGGCAGUGGUUGUAGUCUUCCAUAUGGUUGUGUUCAUGGGCGUGAUGAGGACAGAGCUGACUUUAUCACGAGGGGAGGGCCUGAGUGAAAAACAACACGGUGCAAUUGUUUCAGCAGACACCUAACUCUUCGCUAAUUCACUCUUCCCUUUUUAACUUUCAGAGGCACCUGUUGUAUAUGA